CCUGCUCCGACUUAUGCCACCGUCCUCCCAUUCGUAGCCACUGCGUCAAGGAAUCUUUUACUGGAUCGCCUUUGUGGGAAACCAGUACCGACGCAGGAUGGUGAUACCCUCGUAUUGGAGCCACGGAAUGUCGUGCACACAGGGACGGUCGUCGAGUCUCUGAAAAUGCUGCCCAUCGAAAGUGGCGAUGGCUUUAGAAUCACGUCUCGGUAUGUAAAGGGAAAGCAUGAUGACGGCGGCAUAUAUUUGACGUUAGAAAACACCAUCAUCGACAACGAGGGCGUGGUUUACGCCAAAGUCUAUUCUACGACAUACAACCCCGGGGCCCGACUCUCUGAACAGGAAAACCCUCCCGACAUCAUCGGCAUACCGGAAGGGCAAACGGCACCUACACGAGCUCCAGACCACAUCGUUAGGCGUGAAGUAACCCAACAGCAAGUUUUCAGUUUUCAGAUGAGCGGCGACUAUGAGCUGGCUGACAUUGACCCGCGACUGGGAGAAGUAGCUGGCGUAGGUGAAACCGUUGCCCAUCGACUUGAGACUUUUGGCAUUUCGGCACGUGCAAUACUAGCAGUCGUCGCUGCAGGCGAUGCGCGCAAAUUGGCAUUGUUUGGUGCACAGUACUCUUCGCCUGUCCACAUAGGCGACUCGCUGGAGAUUCGCAUGUGGACGUCAUCCCAUGUAACGUCAAACACCCGCGAAGUUGUCUUCCAGACUUUGAACGCCGUAACAAGAAAAGUAAGCCGAUAUUCAUGCGAAAGUCCAAUGGCGUGUUUAGUCCAUGCUUUUCGUGCCUUGUGGAAUGCAGUUUCGUUUGCCCUUGAUGCUCACGCCUACAACAGGUCGUACUAG